AUGUCUGUAAUGAAUGGAUUCAGAGCAAAGUUGCUUGACUCAAUACUUGGCAUUGAUUGCCAUAUUAAUGUUUAUUUUGAUAGGAACAUAAAUUCAGAUUACUGCACAGUUUCAAAAUCUAUUGAGAAAAUUCCUGGUAUAUUAAAAGCUACUCCUAUGACCAAUGAUCACGUUAUUAUUGUAGCAAAUGGUAAAAUUGCAGGUAGCGUAGUGCGAGGCGUAUCAACUAAAGAUUUGCUUGAUAGUACUACCAUUACAAAUAAUGUAAUUAUAGGUGAUGUAAAAAAAUUUGAUGAAGGGAUAAUAAUAGGAGCACGAUUGGCAGAAGCUUUGAACGUUGACUAUGGCGACAAAAUUACGUUUAUAUCAUCUGAAGAAUUUGGUGCAUUACUUGGCGAAAUGCCGCGAAUGAAAAAAUAUAAAGUUAUAGCAAUAUUUGAUAUGGGUAUGUUUGAGUAUGAUAAUACCUUGAUAUAUAUGCCCCUAAAAUCAGCACAAGCCUUUUUUAAUUAUGAAAAUAGGAUAAAAAAUAUAGAAGUACUUGUUUACGACGUUACUAGAGCUGGUAAGCUUGCAGAUGCUAUAGAAAAAGAAAUAGGAAUGAAAGCUGAAAGUUGGCAAUCACAGCAAAGCCAUUAUUUUAGUGCUUUAAAAACUGAAAGAAAUGUGAUGUUUUUAAUUCUUACUUUGAUUAUAGUUGUAGCAGCGUUUAAUAUUAUCUCAAAUUUAAUGAUGAUAGUGCAAGAAAAGAAAUCCGCGAUUGCAAUUAUGCGUACAUUUGGUGCAACAAGUGGUAGAAAAAAGAUAUUUGACUUAAAGAGAGGUCUGCACACUCAAUGUGAGCAAGGUGAUAGUAGCUCAAGGUAUAAGAACCUCGCAAGAUUGCUGCUACUUGUAGUUAAAAUGAAGAAUUCGUUAUUGCGAGAAACAAAAUUUGAUAAUCAUAUAAAUUCAAUAAAGCCUUUGAUAUCAGAGCUUGAUGAUCCAGAGAUAGAAAAUGCAGUAAAUGAAUUGGAAAGUUUGAAAGAGGAGAUACUUUACGCAGAAUUAUAUAUUAAACUUGGAAAAAUCAGAAAAGCUUCCGCAGUGCUAGAGGCAGAAUAUGCAGUGAAUCCUACUCCUCAGUCAGCUAAAAUGUACAUCAAUUUAAAUAGUAAAGGUGCUGAAAGACAAUACAACUUACGCCCUAAUUAUUAUUUUAGUUACUAUUUACUUGCUUUGUCCUCAAUGAGUACAGUAUUCAUUGUUGCUUCUGAUCGUGGCUUGUGCGGCAACUUUAACUCUUCUAUUAUCAAAUUUAGUCAAGAGCGUGUAAAUAAGUCAAUCGCAAGUGGCAAAAAAGUAGAUAUUGUAUUUCUUGGUAAAAAAGCUUUUGAUAUAGGUAAAAAUAGGUUUGACUCUAAAAGUAUCUUAAAAAUUGAAAAUAGUAAGGGGGUCACGUUAAAGCACGUAGAAGCUUUGGUUAAUGGUGUAGAUUUAAGUAAAUACGAUAAAGUUACAGUUUUUUAUAGUAAAUUCUAUAAUACCUUCACACAAAAACCAAUGUUGGAAACAAUAAAACCAUGGGGUGAAAACUCAUCCUUGAUUGACAACUCUCUGGCUCGUCCAAUAAUAGAUUACAGCUAUGAGUAUGAACCACAAAAUAUUGAAUUUAUUUUAAAAUAUUUGGUUCAAGAUUACGUUGUAAUUGCUCUUUACUCUGCUUUGCUUGAAAGUGCAACAAGUGAGAACAGUGCUAGGAUGGUUGCUAUGGAAUCAGCAAACAGAAACACUAAAGAGAUGCUGAACAAACUAGAAUUGCUUUAUAAUCGUUCUCGUCAAGCAGCAAUUUCAACUGAUUUAAUUGAAGUUAUAGGUGGUACAGAGUCUUUAUAA